AGUACAGUGGCCUGCGGGCGGCGGGCGGCGGCGGCGGCAGCAUGAGCGUGGAGGCGUACGGGCCCAGCUCGCAGACGCUCACCUUCCUGGACACCGAGGAGGCCGAGCUGCUCGGCGCGGACACGCAGGGCUCCGAGUUCGAGUUCACCGACUUCACCCUCCCCAGCCAGACGCAGACGCCCCCCGGCGGCCCGGGCGGGCCGGGAGCUGGCGGCGCGGGCGGCCCUAGUGGCGCCGGCGCGGGCGCUGCGGCCGGACAGCUCGACGCGCAGGUGGGCGGACCAGAGGGCAUCCUGCAAAAUGGGGCCGUGGAUGACAGUGUGGCCAAGACCAGCCAGUUGUUGGCCGAGUUGAACUUCGAGGAAGAUGAGGAAGACACAUAUUACACGAAGGAUCUCCCUGUACAUGCAUGCAGUUACUGUGGAAUACAUGAUCCUGCUUGCGUGGUUUACUGUAAUACCAGCAAGAAAUGGUUCUGCAACGGACGUGGAAAUACUUCUGGCAGCCACAUUGUAAAUCACCUCGUGAGGGCAAAAUGCAAAGAGGUGACGCUGCACAAGGAUGGGCCCCUGGGGGAGACUGUUCUGGAGUGUUACAACUGCGGAUGCCGCAAUGUAUUCCUGCUGGGCUUCAUUCCCGCCAAGGCUGACUCAGUGGUGGUGCUGCUGUGCAGGCAGCCUUGUGCCAGCCAGAGCAGCCUCAAGGACAUCAACUGGGACAGCUCACAGUGGCAGCCGCUGAUCCAGGACCGCUGCUUCCUGUCCUGGCUGGUGAAGAUACCAUCAGAGCAGGAGCAACUGCGGGCCCGGCAGAUCACAGCCCAGCAGAUCAAUAAACUGGAGGAACUCUGGAAGGAGAACCCUUCGGCCACCUUGGAGGACCUGGAGAAGCCAGGAGUGGACGAGGAGCCACAGCAUGUGCUGUUACGCUAUGAGGAUGCUUACCAGUACCAGAACAUCUUUGGACCGCUGGUCAAGCUGGAGGCUGACUAUGACAAGAAACUGAAGGAGUCCCAGACUCAAGAUAACAUCACGGUCAGGUGGGACCUGGGCCUUAACAAGAAGAGAAUCGCCUACUUCACUUUGCCCAAGACUGACUCUGGUAAUGAGGAUUUAGUCAUAAUUUGGUUAAGAGACAUGCGACUCAUGCAGGGUGAUGAGAUCUGUCUGCGCUACAAAGGGGACCUGGCGCCCCUGUGGAAAGGGAUCGGCCAUGUCAUCAAGGUCCCUGAUAAUUAUGGCGAUGAGAUCGCCAUUGAGCUUCGGAGCAGUGUGGGCGCUCCCGUGGAAGUGACACACAACUUCCAGGUGGAUUUCGUGUGGAAGUCGACCUCAUUUGAUAGGAUGCAGAGUGCAUUGAAAACGUUUGCUGUGGAUGAGACCUCUGUGUCAGGCUACAUCUAUCACAAGCUGCUUGGCCACGAGGUGGAGGAUGUGAUCAUUAAGUGCCAGCUGCCUAAGCGCUUCACUGCGCAGGGCCUCCCUGACCUCAACCAUUCCCAGGUUUACGCCGUGAAGACUGUGCUGCAGAGACCACUAAGCCUGAUCCAGGGACCGCCAGGCACGGGGAAGACAGUGACCUCAGCCACCAUCGUCUACCACCUGGCUCGUCAAGGCAACGGGCCUGUACUUGUCUGUGCUCCCAGUAACAUAGCUGUGGACCAGCUGACUGAGAAGAUUCAUCAAACUGGACUCAAAGUUGUGCGGCUCUGUGCUAAGAGCCGUGAGGCCAUCGACUCCCCAGUGUCCUUCCUGGCUCUGCACAACCAGAUCAGGAACAUGGACAGCAUGCCAGAGCUUCAAAAGCUGCAGCAGCUGAAGGACGAGACUGGGGAACUGUCAUCUGCAGAUGAGAAGCGUUACCGGGCCCUAAAGCGCACUGCUGAGAGGGAGCUGCUCAUGAAUGCGGAUGUCAUCUGCUGCACGUGUGUGGGUGCUGGUGACCCCAGGCUUGCCAAGAUGCAGUUCCGCUCCAUUUUAAUUGAUGAAAGCACCCAGGCCACUGAACCAGAGUGCAUGGUCCCUGUGGUCCUUGGAGCCAAGCAGCUGAUCCUCGUGGGUGACCACUGCCAGCUGGGCCCUGUGGUGAUGUGCAAGAAGGCAGCCAAGGCUGGGCUCUCCCAAUCACUGUUUGAGCGCCUGGUGGUGCUGGGCAUCCGUCCCAUCCGCCUGCAGGUCCAGUACCGGAUGCAUCCUGCACUUAGCGCCUUUCCCUCCAACAUCUUUUAUGAGGGCUCUUUGCAGAAUGGCGUCACUGCAGCGGAUCGAGUGAAGAAGGGCUUUGACUUCCAGUGGCCCCAGCCUGAUAAGCCCAUGUUCUUCUAUGUGACCCAGGGCCAGGAGGAGAUCGCCAGCUCAGGCACCUCCUACCUGAACAGGACGGAAGCUGCAAAUGUGGAGAAAAUCACCACGAAGCUGCUGAAGGCAGGGGCCAAGCCAGACCAGAUCGGCAUCAUCACGCCCUACGAGGGCCAGCGCUCCUACUUGGUGCAGUACAUGCAGUUCAGUGGCUCCCUGCACACCAAGCUCUACCAAGAGGUAGAGAUCGCCAGUGUGGAUGCCUUCCAAGGGCGCGAGAAGGACUUCAUCAUCCUCUCCUGUGUGCGCGCCAACGAGCACCAAGGCAUUGGGUUUCUAAACGAUCCUAGGCGGCUCAACGUGGCCCUGACCAGAGCGCGAUAUGGGGUCAUCAUUGUGGGCAACCCAAAGGCCUUGUCCAAGCAGCCCCUGUGGAACCACCUGUUGAACUACUAUAAAGAGCAGAAAGUCCUUGUGGAGGGACCCCUGAACAACCUGCGGGAGAGCCUUAUGCAGUUCAGCAAGCCCCGGAAGCUGGUCAACACCAUCAACCCUGGAGCCCGCUUCAUGACAACAGCCAUGUAUGAUGCCCGGGAGGCUAUCAUCCCAGGCUCAGUCUAUGACCGCAGCAGCCAGGGCCGGCCCUCGAACAUGUACUUCCAAACCCAUGACCAGAUCGGCAUGAUCAGUGCCGGCCCCAGCCAUGUGGCUGCCAUGAACAUUCCCAUCCCAUUCAACCUGGUGAUGCCACCUAUGCCACCACCCGGCUACUUUGGACAAGCCAAUGGGCCUGCUGCAGGCCGGGGUACCCCAAAAGGCAAGACUGGUCGUGGGGGCCGCCAGAAGAACCGCUUUGGGCUUCCUGGACCUAGUCAGACGAAUCUGCCCAAUAGCCAGGCCAGCCAGGACGUGGUAUCCCAGCCUUUCUCACAGGGCGCGCUCACACAAGGCUACAUCUCCAUGAGCCAGCCCUCCCAGAUGAGCCAACCCGGUCUCUCCCAGCCCGAGUUAUCCCAGGACAGCUACCUUGGCGAUGAGUUUAAGUCCCAGAUCGAUGUGGCGCUGUCACAAGACUCCACAUACCAGGGAGAGCGGGCAUACCAGCAUGGUGGAGUGACGGGGCUGUCCCAGUACUAGAAGGUGGCGGCAGAAGAGCUAAGCUAUGUGGCUUAGUCCAUCAGCAUCUUAUUCUGGGUAAUAAAAAAUAAAAAUAAAUGGAUACCUGUUUUCCACUGCUAAAACUGAAGCACCACUGUGAGCAACAGGAGAGGGAGAGGAGCCCGAGACGGAGCGAGCGCCCACGCUGGCCCUCGGCGAGGAGAAGGAGUCGGGAGCGCGGCGGGUGGGCCCGCGGAGCCGCCGUGCCGUCAGCCGCUCAGGAGGCCACGCUCGCGUCCACACCUGGGCCUGCGACCGGGGCGGAGGGAGGAAGACCCUCGUCUCAGAGUAGCCCUUUCCUCUGUUCUUUUUCUUUCUUUUUCUCUUUUAUUGAAAGGGGACUACGUUUUAGCAGGAAAAACUUCACGUUUCUGUGCUGAGCAGGCUCCUUGCAGGCGGCUGUGCCGGGCAGCCCGGGAAGUGCGAGUUCUGUCCAUGCAGCUGAAACUGCCGUGGCCUUGCUGCCUGUGUUCUAAGAGGGUUUUCAUUUAAAGAAAAUAACGGUGUUUGGGGUUUUUGUUUUGUUUGUUUUUCUUUUCUUUCUUUUUUUUUUUUUUUUAAGAUUCUUUCAAAGGAGUACUGAAAAUAUACUUUCCUGAGUUUGUCUCUCAAAUCUUAGUGGUGGACCUGGGAGAUGGAAGAGGCUUCCAGAAAUGAAGUUUAAACACGCCAUCACAGCCUGAGAUUAGGAUCAACACGUGUGAGGCGAUCUGAGGAGGAUUUUAGUUUGUUUUAGCUUCCAGCAUCUUCUCCCUGUGUAUCAGGGCGCUGAGGGAGCCCGCUCCGGCAGUGGCUUCAGGCCUCCACUGGACUCUGCGAAGCAACGUGCUUCCUACGCGCGGUGGACUCAGCCCCAGGAGGGCCCAGGCAGGACUGGCUGUGAGGCCAGAGGGCAGGAGGCCAGUUCUCCAGGGUCCUUUCCAAGGAUUUGGCAGAGAGCAGCCACCAAGAGGGCUGUCCCUGGGGAGGUGCCACAGUUUGGUGGUCACCAGAUACCCAGAGAGCCCUCCACUCCUUGUUCACCCUGCCCCCCAAGUUUGGACCCCUCUGCCUGCGGACUGGACACAACUUUCAUGAGGGGGAUGGUUGCUGGUUUUUUGAGGAAAAGAAAUGUUUCUGGAAUGAGAUGCUUCUGUGCAGGAGGAGCUUGUAAUUGGUCACACCAGCUGGGCCCGGGCAUCUGGGGGUCUGGUUCUGGUGGCUACACCAUGCUUUUUUCUCCUUGACGACCACCUGGUUGGGACAGUGACCCUGCAGCCCCCCUCCCCUUGUGGCUGACACUGUCCCUUAUCCCAAAACCUUCAAAGCCCAGCUUGUACCUGGGCAGGUGGGACACAGCCACCUUCCUUCUGGCCAGGAUAUUCCAUCGCUGUAGGGCUGUGGCAGUUUGGUAGGCUGCAUAGAGGCACAGAGUGUGGUUUCUGCUAUGACACUUGUGCCAUGCACCCGGGGGCGCUGCCUGUGCCCCUGCCCUGUUCCUUGGAAUGCUUUGCCUCGCCUUGUGCCGAUUGCCUGUCCACCUUCCUAGCAGCGGGUACUCUUUUUAAGUUUCUGGACCGAGGAGCAUCUGUACCAAGGCAAUGUAACUUGACUUUUGGUCAAUUUGUUUUAAGCUCUUUUGUCACCAAUAAAAUCUUAAUAAACAGCUCUUGCAUUCACACUGGGGCUGGAUAAAU